AAGAAGCCGCCGGGAGCGGCCGCGACUCGGCGCCCGGCCUCGCCGCCGCCGCCCUCCGCGCCGCGCCGGGCCGCGCGGCCCCGCCGCCGGGAGUCGGGGUCCGGGGACUGCGGUAUUUGCCGGGGAGGGGGCUGUCGCCUCCCCGGCCCCGGGCGCCGCUGGAACCGCGGAGCCGGAGAGAGACUGAGAAGGCUGCGGCUCGGCCGCGGAGCCGGGAGCGCCGGGGGCGGAGAGAAGCGGCCGGGGCGGCGCUGGCUGCGGAGGCCGCGGCGGGAGCGCAGCGGCGGGAGCCCGAGGCUGAGACUCACCGGAGGGAGCGGCGCGAGCGCCCCGCCAUCGUCCCGUGUUAUAGUUUUGCUGCUGGACUCUUCCCUCCCUCCCCCCACCCCAUCAGGAUGAUAUGAGACUUGAAAGAAGACGAUGCAUACAGGAGGAGAGACUUCAGCAUGCAAACCUUCAUCUGUUCGGCUCGCACCGUCAUUUUCAUUCCAUGCUGCUGGCCUUCAGAUGGCUGGACAGAUGCCCCAUUCACAUCAGUACAGUGACCGUCGCCAGCCAAACAUAAGUGACCAACAGGUUUCUGCCUUAUCUUAUUCUGACCAGAUUCAGCAACCUCUCACUAACCAGGUGAUGCCUGAUAUUGUCAUGUUACAGAGGCGGAUGCCCCAAACCUUCCGUGAUCCAGCAACUGCUCCCCUGAGAAAACUUUCUGUUGACUUGAUCAAAACAUAUAAGCAUAUUAAUGAGGUUUACUAUGCAAAAAAGAAGCGAAGACACCAACAGGGCCAGGGAGACGAUUCUAGUCAUAAGAAGGAGCGGAAGGUUUACAAUGAUGGUUAUGAUGAUGAUAACUAUGAUUAUAUUGUAAAAAACGGAGAGAAGUGGAUGGAUCGUUACGAAAUUGACUCCUUGAUAGGCAAAGGUUCCUUUGGACAGGUUGUAAAAGCAUAUGAUCGUGUGGAGCAAGAAUGGGUUGCCAUUAAAAUAAUAAAGAACAAGAAGGCUUUUCUGAAUCAAGCCCAGAUAGAAGUGCGACUUCUUGAGCUCAUGAACAAACAUGACACUGAAAUGAAAUACUACAUAGUGCAUUUGAAGCGCCACUUUAUGUUUCGAAACCAUCUCUGUUUAGUUUUUGAAAUGCUGUCCUACAACCUCUAUGACUUGUUGAGGAACACCAAUUUUCGAGGUGUCUCUUUGAACCUAACACGAAAGUUUGCACAACAGAUGUGCACUGCACUGCUUUUCCUCGCGACUCCAGAACUUAGUAUCAUUCACUGUGACCUAAAACCUGAGAAUAUCCUUCUUUGUAACCCCAAACGCAGUGCAAUCAAGAUCGUUGACUUUGGCAGUUCCUGUCAGUUGGGGCAGAGGAUAUACCAGUAUAUUCAGAGUCGCUUUUAUCGGUCUCCAGAGGUGCUACUGGGAAUGCCUUAUGACCUUGCUAUCGACAUGUGGUCCCUUGGGUGUAUUUUGGUUGAAAUGCACACUGGAGAACCUCUGUUCAGUGGAGCCAAUGAGGUAGAUCAGAUGAAUAAAAUAGUGGAAGUUCUGAGUAUUCCACCUGCUCACAUUCUUGACCAAGCACCAAAAGCAAGAAAGUUCUUUGAGAAGUUGCCAGAUGGCACUUGGAACUUAAAGAAGACCAAAGAUGGAAAACGGGAGUAUAAACCACCAGGAACCCGUAAACUUCAUAAUAUUCUCGGAGUAGAAACAGGAGGACCUGGUGGGCGUCGUGCUGGGGAAUCGGGUCAUACCGUGGCUGACUACUUGAAGUUCAAAGACCUCAUUUUAAGGAUGCUUGAUUAUGACCCCAAAACUCGAAUUCAACCUUACUAUGCCCUGCAGCACAGUUUUUUCAAGAAGACAGCUGACGAAGGUACAAACACAAGUAACAGCGUGUCCACGAGUCCCGCGAUGGAGCAGUCACAGUCCUCCGGAACCACCUCCAGCACGUCCUCCAGCUCAGGUGGAUCGUCGGGGACGAGCAACAGUGGGAGAGCCAGGUCAGACCCGACGCACCAGCACCGGCACAGCGGCGGGCACUUCACAGCUGCCGUCCAGGCCAUGGACUGUGAGACUCACAGUCCCCAGGUGCGUCAACAAUUUCCUGCUCCCCUUGGUUGGUCAGGCACUGAAGCUCCUACACAGGUUACUGUUGAAACUCAUCCCGUUCAAGAAACAACCUUUCAUGUAGCCCCUCAACAGAAUGCAUUGCAUCAUCACCAUGGAAAUAGUUCCCAUCACCAUCACCACCACCACCACCACCACCACCACCACGGACAACAAGCCUUGGGUAACCGGACCAGGCCAAGGGUCUACAAUUCUCCAACGAAUAGCUCCUCUACCCAGGAUUCUAUGGAGGUUGGCCAUAGUCACCACUCCAUGACAUCCCUGUCUUCCUCAACUACUUCUUCCUCUACGUCCUCCUCCUCUACCGGUAAUCAAGGCAACCAGGCCUACCAGAAUCGCCCGGUGGCUGCUAACACCUUGGACUUUGGACAGAAUGGAGCUAUGGACGUUAAUUUGACCGUCUACUCCAAUCCCCGCCAAGAGACUGGCCUAGCUGGACAUUCAGCGUACCAAUUUUCUGCUAAUACAGGUUCUACACAUUACAUGACUGAGGGACAUCUGACGAUGAGGCAAGGAGCUGACAGAGAAGAGUCCCCCAUGACAGGAGUUUGUGUGCAACAGAGUUCUGUAGCUAGCUCGUGACUAAAUUGAAACUUGAGUUUGUUUCUUGUGUGUUUUUAUAGAAGUGGUGUUUUUUUCCAAAAAACAAAGUGCAAAGCUGCUUGCAUCAGAAGGAGAUUAACACACUGAACCGCUACAAGAGGGCAAAGCUGACUUUUUUUUUCUUUUUCUUUUUCUUUUUUUUUUUUUUUUUAACUUGAAAAGAUUGCAAAGGGACAAUGAAGUUUUUCAAAGAGCCAUGUCCACAAACCCGUCGUCACGGAGAGCGCAGAGGUGUCCUCUUUUCGCCUCCCCCAUUUUAACUUGCCACACCCCAGCUGUAGUGGGUUUUUUUGUCUUUUCUGUUCCACAGAAGUUAAUGUUCAGAUGUUGGUCUUGGUCAUUUGCCAACUAAUUUUAAAAUAAAAAGGCACUGCACAUAAUUUGCAUAAAGGGCCCCACGAGGGUGUUUUUUUUCCUUUUUGUUUUUUCCUUUUUCCUCCCUUUACCCCCCUCCCCCCCCUCGUUUGUUUUGUUUUGGGUGGGGGGUGGGAAAUUUGGGUUUUUAAGUCCUCUAAACACACUUGGGCACGGAAACGCAGUACUGUAAGGAAGAGGGACCUCCAGCUGACACAAACAUCACCUUCAGCUGUAUGGAAGGGACGGUUGUUUUGGAGUUUGUUUGUAAGGCACAGUGAGCAUGCUAAGUGGCGGGGAUCAGAACUCUCCUGUCUGAACCUACUGAGGAGCAAAGCAGCAAUUACAUGGGAUCCCGUGGGUCUCCUGUUGGAGAGGCCACGGUAGAUAGUAAUGGAACGUGACUGGUCUCCUAACCGAGGUGCACUGAGAAGCAAUCAACGGGUCAGUCGUGGCCAGUCCUGGGGAGGUCUGAGUGGUGGUCUUUGGGAUAACCUUUGGCCUUAUGGAUUUGGACUCGAAAUUAGAAGAGCCUACCAUUUCAGAUGCAAUCACUUUUGGACAUGCUUUUGCAGACAGUCCUUAAUGCUGAAAACACAGAGAAUGGGUAAUUCAAGAGGCCUUUCUUUUAAAAUAGACUUUUGUGACCCACUAAUUGUAAGGUAUUGCAAGGUCACUUUGCGUGUGUCAUAAAGUUGACUUCCUUAUUGGUUGAAGGUCACAGAAGUAGUGGUUUGCUUUGAUGGAAAUAGCUACAGCUGUGUCCCUUCCUGCUUUUUACUUUUUUUGUUUUUUUUUUUGUUUUUGUUUUUUUUUGUUUCGUUUUUGCUUUUUUUCUCGGCACGUGGUAUCUCCACCAUUUCUUCUGCACAAAGAUGUCUUCUGUUCAUCCUGAACAUUUUUAAAAAAUGCAGAAUUUUAUGUGACUGCUUUUUUGCCUCACAAUUAUGCUGUGAAUUUUACAAAAAUUUAUUUUCUUUUUUGAUAAUUUAUUGUACCAAAGCUGUUUUUAUAGCACAUAGAUGUCUGUAACCAAUAAUGUAGCAGUCCUGCACUUUGACACAAGGUGUAACUAGACCAUUUUUAAAUGUCAGUUGAAAAUUAUGGCUGUACUAUUGCUUAAACAAAACUGGAACUGUUGUUGAAUCCAUAGCCAAUACAUCUACAGCAAUCUGUGUUCUGAACAUAAUCGAUUGACAUCUAAUUCAAGAUGACAGCAUCUGUUACAUUCUAAAUGUGUUCAGGCUUCUGAAGGUAAAGGGACACUGGAUCCAGAAGCUAUGGAACCAGCAGUCGAUGCUUGUAUUCCUGAUUAACCUACUUGUAAACUUGAAAGCAAGACCUUGAUUGCACCAACAGGUCCAAAAUAUCAGCACGAGUAAAGCAAAACUCUCAUGCGUGACCUGAAGUGAACAGGCUGGUGUUUAACAGGUGCCUAGUUUUGAGAUUAUGCUGCCUUAAUGUAACACAGUCUGGCAGUUGCUAAAUUUGUGUUCCCAUUUUAAAUUGACCAAUUUUAGGGUGUUAUACUUUUGAGCGGUUGAAUUGGGAGAAUGAAGAUAAGUAAUUUAUCUGUCCAGGAUCAAAAGAAGCCUAGGAAAGAAGCAGUAAUCUACCUCUGCCGAUAACCCUGUUUAAAACAACUCAGCAGAACACCACAUUACUUUUUAUUGGUCAAUUCCAUGUGGCUGACUAGGUCAGUUUUUUCUGAACAAAAAGCAGGUUUUUAUAUGUAAACAGUGACAAAAAGAAAGGCUUAAAACUAUGUGAAUGUGAAUGGAAACUUGGAAAUACCGGUUUUAUAAUCCACAAAAUUUUUUUGUUGUUAAUCAGGAAAUCCAUAUUUAUUUUGUAAUUAAAUGUCAAGCCUGUGGAUGAUUUUUGAACUUGGUAGUUCAUAAAAGUUUACAGUGAAUAAAAGGAUAUCAUCUUGAGUAUAGCAAUAUCAAAAGGAAUCAGUAGUUACUGCUGUUUAGGACUAUAAGGGGAAGAUAUUAUAUGGGUCAGGUCAUUUUUUUCUGUGCUGGUUGCCACAUCUUAGCAAGCACCAAAAACGAAAGCAGUUUUUAAACCGCUAUUUACAUAAAGGAAAUCAUAAAAUCCAAUGCUUCUGCAUACUGUGUUAUGUUACAGUCCAGUUUUGUGUGCUUUACUACACGGUUUGGUUACAGGACUUCUGUGCAUUGUAAAACAUAAACAGCAUGGAAAAGGUUAAAUACCUGUGUGCAGAUUGUAAGAUCUGGUCCGGACUUGCUGUGUAUAUUGUAACGUUAAAUGAAAAAGAACCCCCCUUUGUAUCAUAGUCAUGCGGUCUUAUGUAUGAUAAACAGUUGAAUAAUUUGU